GGAUUGAUGAAUCUCGGUGAUACCAAUCAACAACUCCUACAAAUGCAGCAAGCAGCUCUACUUCAACAACAACAGCAACAACAACAACAAUUACAUCAACGAAUUGCCUCCGUGAAUGCUACUGCUGCAAUGGGACCUCCAGGAAAUCCCUACUUUCAGGUGUGUUACCUUCCCCGCUCUGGGGUCACACUGGCACUAACUGCGCUCUGGCCUCUCUCUAAUGUGUUGCCUUUCCUUCCUUUCCUUGCGACCCUUCCAAUAUACACCUCUCUUGACCAUGUUGUAUGGGAAAAAAGCAAACAUCUCCCACCAGCACCAACAUCACAUGCCAUUCUCCAUCCCUUCUCCAUCCUCCUCUUCGCCUCCCCUUCGAUCCUCCUCAUUCGCCCAUCUCCCAAACACCUCUCAUGA